UAGGGUGACACUAUAGCCACCCCGAACACCCUUGUUUUUUACGCCACCCAUUUUCCGCACCCGGUUUAUUUUAGACACCCAUUUUUAAUUCAUUUGUUUUAAGACACCCUGGUGUUUAGACUAGAAACCCUUCUUGCAGUUAUCACUGUCACGACACUGUGUGUAACAUGAAAUGGAUAUGUGCAGUUGGGCAUAUGUUUCUCUGUUUUCUACACCACAAAAUUAAUAUCUCACAAUCAACCUUUAUUGAGUUCCGUUUGCUGUUAUGCGGCAAAAAAAACCUCUAUUAAAAUUAGGGGAAAUGGACGUAUUACACUUUUAAUUAUGACUUUUAUCCAUAUGCAGUACUUAUAACUAACAAGUUGGAUGAUUCUUUGAUAAGCACUUGCUAGUUAUUUGCAAGCACUCCUUCGAUGCUUCGAAUGAUUUGUUUUGAAUCAGCAGGAAAUAUUCAAAGAAAAACUGUGGGAAGAUGUCUGGCCACCGUCACUCCGGUGGCAGUGCGAAAGAUCCUCGCAAAGUGCGGAUUUCCAAGUCUCUGAGCUGGUUACUUCGUCAUGGCGCUGCGGAAUCAAACCUAUCCCUAUCCAAAGAAGGCUACGCUCGAGUCGACGAUAUUCUAAAGCUAGACAGCUUCCGAAACACCACGCUGGAUGACAUUGCGGAGAUCGUGGCGAGCUGUCCCAAACAACGAUUCACACUACGCCAGGAUUCUGACGGAUCAUAUCGUAUUUGUGCCAAUCAGGGCCACAGUAUCGCGGUGGAGAGCUUAGAACUGUUACCGAUCACAUCGCCGGAGCAGUGUCCACAAGCAAUCCAUGGCACUUUUUCCCGUCAUUUAGGAAGCAUCCAACAGAAAGGCUUGUUGCCGAUGAGCAGGAAUCACAUACAUUUCAGUCGGGAAGUUCCUUCGGAUGAUCGCGCUGUCAGCGGAAUCCGGCCCAGCUGUGAUGUACUGAUUUAUCUGGAUGUGCCAAAAAUACUUGCUGCUGGAAUUCGCCUCUUUGAGUCGGCCAAUAAAGUGAUACUUAGUCCCGGAAACACAGACCGAUGUAUACCUCCGGAAUUCUUUGCUAAAAUUGUGCAUCGAGACGGGAAGACGCGUCCGAAAAUAGGAAGGAGCCACUAGUCAGUGACUUUUUAUACUUUUUGUACUUUUAUGAAUUAGUAUUUCUUGUAAUAAUGUUAUAAUGGAAAUGGUUGUCGAUAAACACAAAUCGCUGCUUACGGUUGAAAAUUGUACUUCAUUAAACAUAAUGUGAUUAUGAUGAAAUUUCCCCCGAGUAGAACUUUUAUAAAUCUUGUUACAAAAAGUGAAAAAACUACAGUACUUCAUUGUGAAUAUAAAUGUGUGCUGCAACACAGUGUCUUCGGCAGAUUUUCAACACAUACUGGGUAUUUUUCGCUUAAGGACUACAGGUUAUCAUUUAAAAGUUGUAAUAACGUUUGGAAUAUUCUAACAACUCACGUGGCAUGCAAAAAGAAUGCGCAGAUUUCCUCACAGUACGGUGGCUGUCUGCCCUGAUCUGGAGCAUUGAUAUUGUUUAAUAGAUUUAAUAUGUGUCAUGACUCAUGACUGUCAUCUGGUUUUUUAAAAUUGUUUUAUAGCUGACAUUUGCACGUGUUUUUUA